AUGGCUGGCGAAACCGGUCCAAUCGAUGUGUCGCGGGCGAUAGCCAUGGUGAUGGCAGGAUUGUUCACCCUCUCAGUUUACAAUGUGUUGGAAAUUUCCAUUGCGAUCUUUUCCACCUUCAGACGUCGCAGCGGUCUGUACUUUUGGAGUAUGGUGAUCGCUACAGUGGGUAUUCUGCUCCACGCCAUUUCAGGAUUCCUUCGCUAUUUCGACCUCGCCCCCAACUUUCUCAUGUGUGUCCUGAUCUGCAUUGGCUGGUAUGCCAUGGUGACCGGACAAUCGGUGGUGCUUUAUUCACGCCUCCACCUGGUGACCACCCAUGUGCGAUACUCUCGCUGGAUUCUCUACAUGAUCAUCUUCGACUUCUUCGCCUUGCACGUUCCCACCACUAUAUUGUUCCUCGGAAGUAACCAUGGUGUGAGCAAAUUUGUCGUGCCAUUCAACAUCUACGAGCGCGUCCAAUUGACCGGCUUCUCGGUCCAAGAGACCAUCAUCAGCGGUCUCUACAUCUGGGAGACAAUGACUGGGCUACGACCCCUAUGGGCCAUGAAAGGCCGCACUGGUCAACGAAUUAUCACGAACAUCGUUCUCAUCAACGUGAUCGCCGUCUUGCUAGAUGUGUCUCUCCUAGCGACCGAGUACACCGGCAAUUUCGACAUACAGACAACCUACAAACCCGUCGUCUACAGCGUCAAGUUGAAAAUGGAAUUCACAGUGCUCAACAGUCUGCUCGCUGUUGUCCGCACGAACUCGUCAGCUAUCGAAGACAUUCAAUCACUACGCACGGAUGAUCUCCGUCUCCACAUAGAGCCGAGGUGGAGUGGAGACCGUUCUGACCGCUCAGCUACGGCCACCACCGCUUUUGGCGUUGAUGAUCAAAGCCACCGGCGAAAUACAGGCAAAGAUUCGUCUACUCAUACGCACCACUCGUGGCUUUCGGACAGCCAUCGAAUGGAAUCUAUAUGA